AUUCUGGAAUCUGGAUUUUUGAGGCAUAACAUAAUCUGUGCAUAUUCGGUUUAUUAUCCGUGGGUCUUGUCUGCUUCUAAGGCUCUAUAAUCUUUUCGGUGAUAGAACAUCUUUGAAGCCGUUUUAUCUGCAAUAGCAGCAGGGUUCGUAAAUACAAAAGGUUAAAAAAAAAGUAGAAAAUAAAAGCUAGCCAAUAAAGGGAACAAAAAUACAAAACCAUCUUUGUUAUUGCUGUCUGGUGAAUGCCCGUCUGGUCCUUCUGAUCAUGACCGGUGAGGGUCUCUUUGCAUGUCCAUUGUGAGCCUGAGUGAUUCUUGCUGAACAAAACAGAGAGAAAGGGAUAGCGAUAACUUCGGGGAAAAAGUCCCUUUCUUAGUUUUCAUUAUUUGGGUUUCUGGCUCUUCAGAAAAUGGAGGUCACGGAGGUUAAGCAAGGGCAGGUUUCAUAGAGCCUCUUUUGGUAGUUCUGGUUUCUGGGUUCUCUCAUAAUGGUGGAUUUGACUGUACUACCAUUCUAUUCUACUAUCAUCUCUGAUUUUUUAUACAAAUAUCACAACUUUCUUCAGGGUGUCCCAACGUGCAUGUCUCUCUCUACCUAAAUUUAGAGGAGGAAAUUUUUAGAUUUGGGUCAUCUUUCCAAUGUUUGCAGUUGUACUAUAAGAUUCUGAGGUAUGCUGAGGAAGAGGUCAAGAGCAACAAGCAGCAAGCAGGCUCUAAUGGCAUACUCUAUUCCAUCCCCUACAGACAAAUACAGAAAACCCGCUUCAUCUCUCCUCAUUUCUCCAAGUUUGUUCACUCCAAAAUCGUUAUCUGAAACCGAGGCUGUGAUGAGCCCAACUUCCAUACUCGAUAACAAGCCAUUCUCUGGUCUCAAAAAACCCCUUUGGUCCGAAACAAGCACCCCAAGAAACCCAGAAACUGAAACAAAACGCCUCUGGGACAAUUUGGAUUCCAAAGGCAUUGGCCUAGCCAUUGUGGAUGCUCUGAAUGAAGAAAAGUCUGAUUCCAAACCAUCCAAACUUGAAAGCCGAACGGUUCUCUUUGGUUCCCAGCUUAAGAUUCAGAUUCCUCAUCCACCAAAUUCGGUUCUUUCGCCGGCUGAAUCGCCCAAAUCUCCGGCCGAUUUCGGCAUCAAAACGAGGAAUUGUCAACUGAAUUAUUUUUCUUCCGGCUUUUCUCAGUCAGCGGCGAAGAAAUCGGCAUUCGGCACUGGGUAUUCGGGUCUUGAGACUCCAAGUUCUUCCCGGGUUAUCACAGGGUGUCUUUCUGCAAGUGAAAUGGAGCUCUCAGAGGACUAUACUUGUGUGAUAUCCCAUGGGCCUAACCCCAAAACCACUCAUAUUUUUGAGGACUGCAUUGUUGAGAGCUCCUUUACGGAGGUUCGGUUCUCUUCCAAAAGAGAAAACGGGUUUUUAACUAACCAGUCGUCCAGCUAUCCCCCUGAAAAUUUUCUCAGCUUCUGUUAUUCAUGCAAGAAGAAUCUUGAUCAUGGAAAGGACAUUUACAUGUACAGGGGUGAGAAAUCUUUCUGCAGCAGCGAAUGCCGGCAACAGCAGAUGCUUCUGGAGGAGGAGGGAAUGGAUAAAUACGAACCUGAUGAUGAUCAUGGGACUUGUUCCUGGGUAGCCACCUGAAUCUCCAUUCUUGUUUGUUCCAACUUCCAAAGAAUCAUAAAAGAAAAUGCCCCAACUUCCAUGAGGGUAGUCGUUGUAUGAUCAGUUCUGCAUAACAAAGGCAAGGACAGUUCUUGAGUUUCCUGGAAAUUGAAACUGUUUUCGUGUUUCCUCUCGUAUUUUUCUCUUGUUUGCAAUAACUUCUUGAUACUCUUCUUGUAAGGAAGACUGAAAAGGCUUUAGAUACUGUAGAGUUGAUUUUGUUGAAUUUUGAUAAAUAGGUGAUGCUGUUGGGUUUGUACACAAA